UUAAGAUAGCCAUUGAUAUAUAAAAGUAUUACAAACGAUAAAUGCUUGACAUCAGAUUGCUAAAGCAGUUCACAAUGAAUAUGUCCAGAGCCUUGUUCAUUUUUGCGAAUUUGUUUUUACUAGCACAUUCGUUACCCACGUUAUACGAAUACUACACCAAAGAUGGAAUUCAGGCCGGUCUGUCAGAUGCAAAGCCGUACUUUACACUUAACAACAAAAAUAUCACGAUAUACAGUGGCAGCUUCCACUACUUUAGAACCCCCCGAGCAUAUUGGAGGGACAGAUUGAGAAAAAUGAGAGCAGCUGGAUUGAAUACCGUUACAACUUAUGUGCCAUGGAAUCUGCAUGAGCCCCAAACAGGAGUGUUUGACUUCGGAAAUGGUGGUUCACCAUUUCAAGACUUCCUGCACUUGGAUGAGUUCCUCAAAACCGCCAAAAACGAAGAUCUCUUUGUAUUGGUUCGUUCUGGUCCUUAUAUCAACUCAGAAUGGGAAUUAGGAGGACUACCCAGUUGGCUGGCCAAGCAUUGCAGAACGGUCAGGAAUUCAAUAGAUGCUAAGUUUUUGUAUUUCGUGAAAAGGUAUUUCGAUGUUCUACUACCCUUGCUGGCUAAACAUCAAUUUCAGAAAGGUGGUCCAAUCAUAGCGAUCCAAGUGGAAAACGAAUACGCUAAUACUGGAAGACACGAUCCAGUGUAUCUAAAUACGUUGAAACAAAUGUACGACGAUCAUGGAAUUGUUGAGAUCCUUUGUACAUGUGACAGACCUAGCGAACAAGGCAGGGGAUCUAUUCCAGGUAUACUGCAGACAGCAAACUUCAAAGUGGACGCUAAAGGACACUUAGACAUGUUAAAGGAAUUGCAACCAGGGAAACCGCUAAUGACUAUGGAAUUUUGGACUGGUUGGUUUGAUCACUGGAUGGAUCCAAGACACCACACGGACUCGGUCACGAGAUUCAGAACUGUGCUGGAACAAAUUAUGGAUUAUCCCUCUUCUGUUAACAUGUACAUGUUUGUCGGAGGUACCGAUUUUAGGUUCAUGAAUGGCGCUACCAUGUCAGUCAGGAAUUUUUCUAACUACCUACCAGAUACCACAAGCUACGACUACGAUGCACCCAUAUCAGAAAACGGAGCACUAACUCCGAAGUACUAUGCUGUGAAAGAGGCAAUCGCUCAAAGAAACUCUAUCAAAACCAAGCUUCCAGAUAUUCCAGAAGCCCGAAAGCUGGUUGCAUAUCCUUCUGUCAAAGUUACUAACCGAAUAUUAAUCUCAGAUGCUCUUCUUUAUCUUGGAAAGCCUUUACAGAGUGAGAAAUUACUAGCCAUGGAGCAACUGCCUAUCAACAAUAACUCUGGACAAAGCUAUGGCUAUAUAGCCUAUAGGAAAGAAAAUCUGGAUAUACCAGCUGGUGCUAAGUUGACGAUACCUGGAUAUGUGAGAGAUACAAUACUAGUUUUGGUAAAUGGCAAAUUGGUACAAAAGCCUCCUAAACAAUUGAGUGACAUAAAUGGCUUCGGGUUUUGGAUACAGAAGGACUCAAGUAUUGUUCUUAGUGACAAAGACCUGAAAAACGCUACUGUGGACCUGAUUGUAGAGAACUUUGGAAGGAAUACAUUGGGUGUCUUUGUUUUGAAAGGGCUUAUGGGUGAUGUGUUCUUGAAUAGUCAGGCGCUGAACAAUUGGACCAUUAUACCUAUGGAGUUUGCCUCAAGCUGGAUACCGUAUCAAGUACACCAACAAGAGUUUGUCGACACGUCUACCAACUCUGCUAUUCACAAAUUUAAGAUACACAUCCAAGGAGAUCCCCAGGACACGUAUCUGGAUAUGAGAGAAUGGAGCAAAGGGAUAGUUACAGUGAAUGGAUUUGUAUUGGGAAGGUACUUCUUCCUAGGACCACAGCAGGCAUUGUAUCUACCAGCUCCUUUACUCAGGAACGGUGAUAAUGACAUAGUGGUCUUCGAGCAUUUUAAAGCUCCUGAAAUGUUGAAGUUUAUUGAUAGAGCUGUGUAUGAGACACCUGGAGGCCUAUAUCAUUAGGCUUCUGAAUAAUAAAAAUAUUAUUGUCACUUUUAUACAAGCCAGAUUACUAAAUCAUCUUUUCGGCAAUAUAAGAUUUACAUAGCCGAAAUAUGUAGCUUCUUGGCAAAGUCCAGGCACCCAUCAAAACUGGCCUUGUGAUUGAGUGCUCUUACGUGUUAAGUACAGAGUCUUAGAAAUACUGAAAUGCAUUAUACAAAUUUCAAAACUUAAUAAAACCAAUUGUAUGAAUCAGAAC